UCCCCAUGGGACAUCCCCACCCCACACCCACCAACAGGUUAAACUUUCCCGCACCCCGUGACUCUGUUUACCGCCAGGAGUUAUUUAUAGGACCCCUGGCUCUGGGAUUUGAUUCCACAUCCGUGUGUGGGGCACAGCCCUAUUUAUAACCCCCCUCCCCCGAGGCUCAGGGCGCCGCUCGCUGUCCCCAGAGCCUCCCCUGCCCUCCGGGGCUCCCAUGGCCCACGAGUCGUUCGCCUUCAGCCCCUCGGCGCUGCGCUCGCUGCGGCUGCAGCGGGAGCUGCUGGAGCGGGACGAUCGGCGCCGGGCGCUGGCCCGGGGCUCGGCCGAGCGCCGCCUCCUGCCCGGGACCCCCCGGCAGCCCCCGAGCCCCCCCCGGCGGCGCCAGUUCUGCCGCGACCCCGCCGUGCACAACGCGCUCUACGCCGGGGACCUGCGCCGCGUCCAGAGCAUCUUCAAGGACGAGGCCACCGCCAAUGUGGUGCUGGAGACGGUCAGCGAGGAGCUGGUGUGGUCACCGGAGCAGGGGCUCUGGGUGCUGAGCCCCCGCCGCCAGCACACCUCCGCCCUGCGCAUCGCCGCCGCCCGCGGCUACGAGGACUGUGCCCGGCACCUGCUGCUGCGGGGGGCGGCCGUGGAUGCUGUGGUGGGGGGCAGAGCCCCCCUGCACGACAGCGCGGCCGCCCCGCACCCCAACUGCGCCCGCCUGCUCCUGGCCUUCGGCGCCGACCCCAACGUGCUGAGCGCCGACGGCUCGGCCCCGCUGCACCUCUGCACCGCGCCCCACAGCCUCAGGUAUGGCCUCACCUGCGGGGGGGGCCCGGCCAGGGUGGGGCUCAUCUGCAUGAGAGGCCCCGCCCAUGAAAUCCUCACUCCUGCCCCACCCACACAAUCUGGGAGCCAGGGGCCUGUGGGGUGUCCUGGGAGGGUCCCUGGGGUGUCCCUGGGGGUGUCCCUUGGGAGUCAGGCUCUCCAGUAUGUCCUGAGGCUGUCCCUAGGGAUAUCCCAUGGGAACCAUGGCAUGUCCUGGUCAUGUCCCAUGGGUGCCAGAGUGUCCCCUCACCCUUUCCACCCUUUCCCCAGGUGUGCGGAGCUGCUGCUGGCGCACGGCGCGCAGGUGAACCUGGGCACCCGUGACCGGCAGGUGACAGCCCUGCACGUGGCGGCGCGCCAGGGGCUGGUGGCCCACGUGGAGCUGUACCUGCACCACGGCGCCGACCCCUCCCUGCGCACCCACCAGGGCGAGACCCCCCUGAACGCGGCGGCGGCGGCGGCCGAGCGCCCCGAGGACGCCGAGCGCUUCCUGCGCGUGGCCGAGCGGCUGCUGGAGGCCGGCGCCGAGCCCGGGGCCGCGGGGCGCAAGGGCCACACGCCGCUGCACAACGCCUGUGCCAACGGGCACCCCGCCAUGGCCCGGCUGCUGCUGCGCCACGGCGCCGACGCCACCGUCCCCAACGGCGCCGGGGACACCCCCAUGGACUGCGCCCUGCGCGCCGUGCGCGAGUACCGCCAGCAGCGCCCCGAGGAGACCCUGGCCCUGCUGCUGGACCACGGCGCCCUCCCCGCGCACCCCAAGAUGCUCAGGCUGUGCUGCCAGCACCCGCCGGCGCUGGAGGUGAUGCUCAACGCCUACGACCGCGUGCCCCCCGCCGACGGCUGGGUGGAGGCCGUGCCCCCCGAGCUCUGGGAGGUAAUGAGGUGUCCUGGGGGGUCCUGGGCUGUCCCCGUGUCCCCAGCCCAGCCCACUGAGCCCCUGUCCCCCCCGCAGGAGCACCAGGAGUUCUAUGCCUCGGCCGUGCGCAUGGCGGGACAGCCGCGACGCCUGCAGCACCUGGCACGUGUGGCCAUCCGGCGUCACCUGGGCGCCCGCUGCCGCGCCGCUGUCCCCAGGCUGGCACUGCCACCCCCACUGCGCCGCUACCUCCAGCUGCCCAUCGAGGGUCUCAUCUCCUGAGGGCACUCCAUGUGUCCUCACUGGUGUCCCCUCCAGGUCCCCUUGCUGUGUCCCCCCCCCUCCGUGCCCUGGUGUCAAUAAAGGACAUGGCAGAGGUGGCCCUUGA